AUGGAUAUACGCUAUUUUGAAUUAAUCAUCUUUAUCCCGGCAGUUAUUAUCAGUUUAAUACCAGACAUGAAGAAGAUGUCUGUUUUCUCUAUGCUUGGAAAUAUUACCCUCGCAGCCAGUAUUGGAGUGGUGCUACCAAUGGAAAAUGAGAUGAAACGACCUGGGAUGCUUGAAGGAACUUUUGGUGUCUUGAAUGUCACUGCUUUUGUCUGUACUAUCAUAUAUAUUUUCUUUGGUUUUGUAGCAUACCUCAAGUAUGGACAUAAAGCUGCAGACACUAUAACUCUCAAUUUACCUUCUAACUGGUGA